GCCCGCUGCCCGGGCUCCGAGGGGCCCCAGCGGCGGUGCCCGCAGCCCCGGGCCCGCGGGGCGCGUCCUGCCCCGGGAUCCGGCGCGGGAGGCUGUCGGGAGGGCGGCGUGGGAGAGGACACCGCCGAGACGCAGGGGCGGCCGCUCGGGGGGACCAGCUGCGCACCUGGAAAGUUACCCGGCUGCCUGGUGAGGUUCUUGAGCAAAAUGGGAAAUGGUUCGGUGAAACCCAAACAUCCCAAGCAUCCAGAUGGUCACUCCGGGAACCUCACCUACAAUGCCCUGCGGAGCAAGGUGACAGAGCUGGAGAGAGAGCUGAGGAGGAAGGAUGCCGAGAUCCAGGAGCGGGAGUACCAUUUGAAGGAACUGCGGGAGCAGCUGUCGAAGCAGACCGUGGCCAUUGCGGAGCUCACGGAGGAGCUGCAGAACAAGUGCAUCCAGCUGAACAAGCUGCACGAUGUGGUGCACAUCCAGGGUGGCAGCCUGCUUCAGGCCUCUCCAGACCCGGUGCCUCUGGAGGUGCACCGGAAGUCCUCGGGGCUGGUCUCUCUCCACAGCAGGAGGGGAGCAAAGGCUGGGGUGUCUGCCGAGCCAACAACCCGAACCUAUGACCUCAAUAAACCCCCUGAAUUUUCCUUUGAGAAAGCAAGAGUCAGAAAGGACUCCAGUGAGAAGAAGCUCAUUACAGAUGCUCUCAAUAAAAAUCAGUUUUUGAAGAGACUGGAUCCUCAGCAGAUCAAAGACAUGGUGGAAUGCAUGUAUGGAAGAAACUACCAGCAGGGGAGUUACAUUAUUAAGCAAGGAGAACCAGGAAACCACAUCUUUGUGUUGGCAGAGGGCCGAGUAGAGGUGUUUCAAGGGGAGAAAUUGAUAUCAUGUAUCCCUAUGUGGACCACGUUCGGGGAACUAGCCAUUCUAUACAACUGUACAAGGACCGCCUCCGUGAAAGCUAUUACCAAUGUUAAAACUUGGGCACUAGAUCGAGAGGUAUUCCAGAAUAUCAUGAGAAGGACAGCUCAAGCUAGAGAUGAACAGUACAGAAACUUUCUCAGAAGUGUAUCCUUGCUGAAGAACUUACCCGAAGACAAGUUAACCAAGAUCAUUGAUUGCUUGGAAGUGGAAUACUAUGACAAAGGAGAUCACAUUAUUCGAGAAGGCGAGGAAGGAAGUACCUUUUUCAUUUUAGCCAAAGGAACGGUAAAAGUCACCCAGAGUACAGAGGGCCAUGAUCAGCCACAAGUGAUAAAAACACUGCAGAAAGGAGAAUAUUUUGGAGAAAAAGCUCUUAUCAGUGAAGAUGUCAGAUCGGCGAACAUUGUUGCUGAGGAAAAUGAUGUGGCAUGCCUGGUUAUAGAUAGAGAAACAUUCAACCAAACAGUUGGGACUUUUGAAGAACUUCAAAAAUACCUUGAAGGGUAUGUGGCAAACCUGAACCGUGAUGAUGAAAAAAGACAUGCGAACAGGCGAUCCAUGUCUCACCGGAACCUGUCCAAAACGCUCUCUCUGGAGAUGAUUCAGCUGAAGGAGAAGGUGGCCCGAUUUUCCUCAUCGUCCCCCUUCCAGAACCUUGAGAUUAUCGCAACACUGGGCGUUGGUGGGUUCGGAAGAGUUGAGCUUGUUAAAGUGAAAAAUGAGGAUGUUGCUUUUGCUAUGAAGUGCAUAAGGAAGAAGCACAUAGUGGAUACUAAGCAGCAGGAGCAUGUGUACUCUGAGAAGAAGAUCCUGGAGGAGCUGUGUUCCCCCUUCGUUGUGAAAUUGUAUCGUACUUUCAAGGACAAUAAGUAUGUAUACAUGCUUUUGGAAGCCUGCUUAGGUGGCGAGCUAUGGAGUUUAUUAAGAGACAGAGGCAGCUUUGAUGAACCCACCUCCAAGUUCUGCGUGGCUUGUGUGACUGAAGCAUUUGAUUACCUGCAUCGUCUAGGUAUUAUCUACAGAGACCUGAAGCCAGAAAACUUAAUUCUGGAUGCCGAGGGCUAUCUGAAAUUGGUUGACUUUGGAUUUGCUAAGAAAAUAGGAUCUGGACAGAAAACAUGGACAUUCUGUGGGACCCCAGAGUAUGUAGCCCCUGAAGUCAUUCUCAACAAAGGCCACGACUUCAGUGUGGAUUUCUGGUCCCUGGGAAUUCUAGUGUAUGAGCUCCUGACUGGCAACCCACCAUUUUCUGGGACUGACCAAAUGAUGACCUACAAUUUGAUCCUCAAAGGAAUUGAAAAAAUGGAUUUUUCCAGAAAAAUAACAAGAAAACCUGAGGAUUUGAUUAGGAGGCUUUGCAGGCAAAAUCCAACAGAAAGGCUUGGAAAUCUGAAGAAUGGAAUCAAUGACAUUAAGAAACACAGGUGGUUAAGUGGUUUUAAUUGGGAGGGAUUAAAAGCACGGAACCUUCCAUCACCUUUACGAAGAGAGCUCAGUGGACCCACCGAUCACAGCUACUUUGACAAGUAUCCACCUGAAAAGGGAGUGCCUCCAGAUGAGCUGUCGGGCUGGGAUAAAGACUUCUGAAAGAAAAACAAAGAAAAACAAAAAACAAAUGAUUACUGCCUAUCUACUAAGAAGAGAACUAUAAGCACCAACAAUCCAAUGCUGAUUAUUUUUCUCUUUGGGGUAUUAUAUCUUUUGGAAGACCAUGGGAGAACAGAAAUCCCUGCCCACCUUAGGGAUUGUGGGUGAAUGCUAGUGGGUAUGGAGGUGGUUCUGAAUUAUAAUGUCUUAUUUAGAUGCUGUGAAUUGAUCAUGUAUUCUAUUCUUUGCUUUUCUCAAAUGUUGUAGACUAUCCUGUUCUCUCCACAGUCAGAACCAUUUUUGUUGAAGGGGCAUAGUGUUCUCUGCAAUCUAUUGCUACAUCAUGAUCCAUACUCAUCUCCUUUGAGUCCUAAUAAGGUUUAAAAAGUGUCUUGCCUUUGAGCAAGUAAGGCAUCCAAAUAGCAUCAAGAACAAGGGUGAAUUUUGGAAGAUUUCCCCUGCUCUCAACAGGUCCAUGUAAGCAUUAUGACAUCUUAAAGUGGCAGUUUAUAGGAAUCUUGGUAGUCAAAAAAGGCUCUUGACUUCUACUUGUGUUCAACCUAGAAAUGUAUCAAGGUGCUUCUGAUAUUAGUCUAGGGAAAAGCAAGUUUGAGUAUUUAGUCAGUGGUAUUGCACCCUAAAAUAAGUGAGUUAAUUAAUCCAACAAGGUAAUUAUAUUUCAUUAGGGAAACUUAGAAAAAAAAAAGC